AUGCGCGCCGAACAAGACAAAUGUUUGCUUCUCUACAACAAGUGCCCCUCCCACGAGUAUGCACUCGUCACAUUCCGGUACAACUACACCUAUCUUGUCGUCUCGUUGGUAGCGGCGCCGGUUCCUGACGCGCCGCCAGCCACCACACCCGCCCCAGCACCGUACGAAAACAGACUUAUUCGAUAUCUACGCACCGCCUUCCUCGCCCUUGAGCAAGCGAGGAAUCGCACCUUUGAUGACGAAGACUAUGAAGAUGGCUGGGACAAGUGCGAGCGUUUUGAACAGCCAGUCAACAAGGCCGUUAUCCGUCUCGCCGGCGCCCUCUUUGACCAAAAGGCGCCUCCGCCGCGGAAACGCCCCAAGGGCCUGAGCCUGCAGGACCUGGUGUGGCACCCCGAGAUCCAUUUCCGUCUGCAAACCGUCGACGGCGCCGUCAAAAUCUUCGAGAUCCCGGCCACUCAGGCCGUGUGCGCCCCCAAGCCCGUGACGCUGCCGCGCCCCGACCCGACCUUCUCGCCAGACCCGCGCUUCCCCACGUACUCGGCUGCCGACCUGCGGGUGUGCAACGAGUUCUCGAGCGGCGACGGCCCCGUGUGCAAAGUCCGCCUCGCCGACGGCCAGCUGAUGAUGAGCAAGACGCCGCAGCGCGGCCUGCAGAGCGAGGAGACGCAGCGCGAAAUGAACAUGCUGGUGCGCAUCCACGACGCCGAGGCGAAGUUGGGCAUCCGCAUCGCGACGCCGCACCUUGUCGGCUACGUGACGCACGCGGAGACAGGCGUCGUCAUUGGAUUCGUGCGGGAAUGGGUCGCUGCGUCCCGCCACGGAGCGACACUAAGACAAAUUCCCAUGGCCAAGAUGUCGCUCGACCAGCGUCAAAAGUGGGCGGACCAGAUUGAGGACACCAUGGAGGACUUGCAUAACGCCGACUUAUUUUGGGGCGACUGCAAGCCGGCGAAUAUUAUUGUUGACCGGGAGCAGAAUAUUUGGCUGAUUGACUUGGGCGGCAACUUUAGCCAGCACUGGGUGGACAAGGAGUUGUCGGGCACGUUGGCGGGUGAUGAACAGGGUCUCUUGAACCUGCAAAAGUUUCUGGGUGUAAUAGAAGAUGAUAGAAAGCACAAAGGGGUAUGA